AGCUUGUGGAGACAAAUGGCCUUUGCAUUUACUCAUAUGGGUUACUUAUGAGUUCAUUAUAAAUACAGGCCUGAAUUCCAAAUGUCUAUCACUUUCUAAGGAUCGAUUCUGUUUUUAUAAAUGCAUUUCUGGUUUCAGAAUAUAGAAGCUAUUAGAAGCAAAGUACUGGGGGCAAUGAACAGCUUGGUCAGGUUCCACUGCUUGGAAUACUUCUGCCAUUAGAUUAAACAUAUUGUGAAGAAGUAAACAAGAAGAAGUGAGAAGAGGAGCCUAUGGCACUUAAAGCAAGUUCCCUUUGGGACAUUUACAUGAGGUUCAAGCCACACCUCCUUAUGCUUAUUGCUCAGAUUGGCUACACUCUUCUGUAUUUUAUCACAGAAGCCUCUUUCAAUCAUGGCAUGGAUCCUCAUGUCUAUGUAACUUACCGGAAUAUCGUUGCAGGCCUUUUCAUGUUCCCUUUUGCCUUUUUCCUUGAAAGAAAAACAAGGCCAAAGCUGACAGUGGCUCUUUUUGUGGAGAUAUUUAUUCUCUCACUCCUGGGGGUUGGAUUGACUUUAAACUUGUACUUUGCAAGCUUGAGAUACACCUCUCCAACAUUUGUUGCAUCAGUGGUCAACACUAUAGCUGCCUUAACUUUUGUCAUUGCAAUUGCUCUCAGGUUAGAGACGCUUGAUCUUCAAAAUUCUAGAGGUAUUGCGAAACUUCUUGGAACCAUGGUUUCCUUGGCUGGUGUAACGAUCAUGACAGUAUAUAAGGGGCCUAUCAUGAGAAAUCUAUUGUAUUCUCAUCAAAUCCAUAUUCAAGGAAACACUCCUAUCCAUGAGCACUGGUUGAAGGGUUCAAUUCUUACUAUUGCAAGCUGCAUAACUUGGUCUAUUUGGUACAUUAUGCAGGCAUUCACAUUGAAGAGAUAUCCUGCUCAAUUAUCACUGACAACAUGGAUGUGCUUUCUUGGGGCAGCACAAUCAGCUUUCUUCACUAUCAUAAUCCAACACAAACCGGCAGCUUGGAGAAUUGGAUUCAAUAUAGACUUCUGGUCUACCAUUUAUGGCGGAGUGGUGGUGUCUGGUUUAAUUAUUUUCCUUCAACUAUGGUGCACAGAAGAAAGGGGGCCAGUUUUUGUGACCAUGUUCAACCCCCUUUGUACAGUACUAGUGGCAACUCUAGCAUACUUUGUUUUUGGUGAAAAGCUUUACACUGGCAGCAUACUGGGGGCAACUAUUGUUAUCUUUGGUUUGUAUCUGCUACUCUGGGGCAAAGAGGGUGAUAAGGAAGUGCACAUUGAAACAGAAGGGAAUUCUGAUUCCGCAUACGAUGAGAAGAACCCCAAACUACAGAAAACCACUCCAGCUGAAAGGGAGAUACCGCAUGUUGAACCAUAAAAGGAUAUUUCAUUUCUCUGCCAAGCAACAAAGCACAGGGAUGAUCAUGAUGUCAUACUGAAGGAGAACGAAUGUAUUGAGCAUUGAAAUAAUAGCUUCAUCAGUUAUUGUUUUGGGCAAUUUCAAUACACACUUCCAUUGUUUCGUUAGUCUUAAGCUUUGUUGCUCUAGGUAACAGAGAGAUUGUAAUGGUAGACUUGAAUGACAAAGAAUUGCUAUCUGAAAAAAGUUGUCUCUGCAGAGACAAAAAGUUCAACUUCUAA